AUGGGUAGGGAAAGCCAUGAUGACCCCACUGUGGUUCACUCUUCCAUUGCUCUUCUACAAGAGAGGUUUAGACAGUUGCAGAGAGUAAAACAAAUGAGAGAAGAGAGAGAGCUCAAGAAGAUGCUCACUGAACCUAAACAAUUCAAUUCCAUUACCACAACGAGUUAUUAUGAGCCAACAAAGAUGUUUUCUCAUCCUGAAUUUAACACCCCGUCAUCAAGGUCACCACCCCAUGUUUCUCUUUCUCUUUGGCCAACAUCGCAGGACAUGCAAGAAGACUACACAAGAGUGCAGACCCCUGCCUCAAUGAAUUUAUUACGCCCCACAGAUUAUACACAUGCACAGUCCUUGCAGGUUUCAUGGAAGAAUGUCUAUGAUUGUGAAGCUGGCUCUGAUUCUGGUGUUGACACUUCUCUUCACCUGUAA